CGUCACCUCUUCGUGCCGACCGAACUCCAAAAACAUCCUCCGCAAGCUCCGACUUCUCGACGACAAGGUCAAUUGACCACCACAAAGCCACCAUGUCGACCCUUUCGAGAACGUUCGGCUACCUGCGCCGCAUUGGUAUCAAGGAAUACUGGCAUCAACUCAACUACAUCGGUGACACCAAGGCUGGUACCCUGAUCGGCACCGACAAGUUCGGUAACAAGUACUACGAGAACAUGGAGGAGGAGCUUCCCCUCCGAACGCGAUGGGUUGACUACAAGAAGCACGACUACGACGCCGCACAUAUCGAGCCGCACUGGCACGCCUGGCUUUCUUACAUGGUCGACACGCCCGCUCAUCAGGACGCCCUGACUAAGAUCAACCGGCCUUGGGCGCCCAAGGAGCACGUGCCGAAUCGCACGGCUACGAGGGGUGCCUACAAGCCGUACAGCACGACGGUGCCCAAGUUCAAGGCGUGGGAGCCAAGGGCCGUUGCCAGGUCUUGAAGGAUGGUAUGAUGAAUUGGAGGCUCUGUAUAUGCCUAGAUCAAAUUUGAGCAAUGCGAGAUAGAUUGAUGCAGCUGCGUUCGCUAAAAACUUUC